UGACUCAUAUCCGGCAUCUGCCUGGGUCGUUCUUUCUGUCCCUGGUAGCGGUACGGAAAUCUUUACCGCUUUUCAACGAAAGAAAAAUCUUUAGAGAAAUCACACAUUUCGGGGAUUGAAGCAUUAUAUCAAUCUAUUAAACAUGAUACGAUCAAGGAGCACUAUACUCGGAUUAAUAAAACUUGGGACUUAUGGAUCUAUGUCUGGUGGUUAUCGCAGUAAUGGUGUGAGUCAUCGUGGAGGAGUAGGUCAACGGAAUGGAUAUGGAAGUGGAGGAUCAAAUAGUCGUUUUGGAAGUCGUAAUGGAAAUACGGGAGGAAAUAGUGGAAGCGGUAUUGCUGGACGUGGACCACGUAAUGCUAAUGUAGCUGGAACCAAUCUGAGGAAACCAAAUUGGGAUUAUGAAAACUUAAAACCUUUUAAAAAAGAUUUUUAUAUACCACAUCCAAAUGUACAAUCACGUCAUCCUCGUGAAGUCGAUUUGUUUAGAGAAGAAAACAAAAUCACUCUCAAAGGAGAAAAAAUACCUAAUCCAAUUCAAUUUUUUGAAGAAGGAAAUUUUCCAGACUAUGUAAUGCAGGCUAUUAGAAAGCAAGGAUUUACAGAACCAACUGCUAUACAAGCUCAAGGCUGGCCGAUUGCUAUGUCUGGCCUAAAUAUGGUUGGUAUAGCACAAACUGGAUCUGGAAAGACAUUAGGCUAUAUAUUACCUGCUAUUGUACACAUCAACAGUCAACAACCUUUAAAUAGAGGAGAUGGACCCAUUGCUCUUGUUUUAGCACCAACUCGUGAACUUGCUCAACAAAUACAAAGCGUUGUCAAUGAUUUUGGUUCAUUAUCUUAUGUAAGGAAUACUUGCAUUUUUGGUGGUGCCCCAAAAGGCAGUCAAGCACGUGAUCUUGAACGUGGAGUAGAAAUUUGUAUUGCGACACCUGGACGUCUUAUAGAUUUCUUAGAACGUGGUACGACAAAUUUACGAAGAUGUACAUAUUUGGUAUUGGACGAAGCCGAUCGUAUGUUGGAUAUGGGAUUUGAACCUCAAAUUAGAAAAAUCAUAGAACAGAUCAGACCAGAUAGACAAGUUCUCAUGUGGUCAGCUACUUGGCCAAAAGAAGUAAGAAAUCUUGCAGAAGAAUAUCUCACUGAUUACACUCAAUUAAAUAUUGGAUCAUUAACUUUGGCUGCAAAUCACAACAUCCUUCAAAUAGUUGAUGUAUGUCAAGAACAUGAAAAAGAAACAAAAUUGGGAACUCUACUCCAAGAAAUUGGUAAUGUAAAUGAUGAUGGUGGAAAGACCAUCAUUUUUGUAGAGACAAAAAAGAAAGUUGAAAAUAUCACAAGAAAUAUUAGGAGAUAUGGUUGGCCUGCAGUAUGCAUGCAUGGUGAUAAGUCACAACAAGAAAGAGAUUAUGUUCUUAGAGAAUUCAGAAACAAGAAAGGUUCUAUUCUUGUAGCAACGGAUGUUGCUGCACGUGGAUUGGUAGAGGAUAGACAGAGGGAGGUGGCGAUGUAGCACAGACUGGUUAUAUGAAGUGAUGCCUCACUGUUCAAUGGAUAAAGUGAAAUAAUUAUUAAUAUAAACAACAUUAUAUAUUCGUAGGUGCGCAUAUGUUCAUAGUACUUUAAUUACAAGACAAUGUAAUCAAUAUGUUUGACAUAAUCUGAGAAUGCUGCUUAUCAACAGUAGGAUCAUAUUUUCAACAAAAAAAAAAAAAGCUUUAUAGAAAAGUUAUAAACAUUAAUAUUUUUGAGAGUAUUUGAUAAAAAUUUAGAGUUAAUGUUAGAUAAUGACAAAGUAUUUUUUUUAUAUAUUUAUAAGAUAGGAAAUAUAGAUCCUGCUAUUAACUGUGGUAUUUUCAGAAGAUACACAUUGUGUAAAGUACAAUUAUGAUAUAUUCUCAAACUUUACAUAAGCUUUUAAAAACCGAAAAAUAGAAGGCAUUAGUUAGCUGGUAUUUUUUAAUAAUAUUUUUAGCUUAUAUUUCUCUUUACUUUUUCUAAGUAGAUGCAAUAUAAUGCUUUUAAAUAAACACAUGUAUAGGAUAGGACAUUUCAAGUAUAAUCAACUAGUUUCUUCAAAACUGUUCAUACUAGUAAUGCUUGACUUCUUUUUAAUGUUUUAAUAGCAAAUAUGUCUUUCUCAAAAUCAUUUUUUUUUCCUUCCGGAAAUAUUAGUCUUCUGUUUCAUUAAUCCGACCUUAAUAUUUCCUAAAAAAGAAUAAUUAUGAGAAAGGAGUGAAAUCGCUACGCUCGAUAAUUUUGAAGAAAUUGAUUUCUUACACUUCAGAUGACCUACCUUGUGUACAUAGUGAGUUUUAAAUCGUUUAUGUAAUAUAAUUUGUCUAUAUUUAUAUACUAGUAAAAAUAAGUAUAUAAGCUGACGAUAUUCUUUACAUCCUAUACAUGAAACUCACUAUGUUAUUAAUAUAUUCCCAAUCGACACACGUACAUACAGCUUUACUGUUUUUCAAUUCAAUAUUUGUACAUUGAAAUUUAUAAUUUAAUUUUAUAUGUACAAAUUAUAAUAUUUUUUCAUCAAUUUUGUAGGUGCAAUUAUACCAAUUAUGUCUACAUUUUAUUCAUAAAGAUGUAUGGGAUUAGUAGAUUGCAAUUUCACUAUUAGAAUAUAAACUAAUCCUUUGUGUGAUUUUAAUGGAGAAAAAAAAAAGAAAAGAAAAGAAAUUGUUAUAUAACUAAAAUAGUUGUUUGGAAAAUAAUGUACGUGUAAAGCAUCUUACAAAAGAAUUUUUUUUAAUUUAUUACUCUCGUGUAAUAUUAUAAUUUAUUUAUAAGUUAUCUCAGUUAUUAUGUUUAUCGUAAUGCUAUUUGACGAUUGACAUUUGAAAAUUUUAAAUAUUAAUUACUUUUAUUUCUAAUUUGCACAUAAAGUAAAAUGUGCUUCCACCAGCAUAGCUGUCGAAUAUUUGCUAAUGCAAUCUAUUCCCAUUGUAUUAGUUCUGAGAGCUAAGACGAGGAUAUGAUGGGCUUGUGUCGAAGACUUGAGAACAAUUUUAAUGCGACAAAGAAAGAAAAA